ACGAUGCAACGGCCGGUCGAGGAGCUAGCGAGCGAACGCCGCUGAAAAGCAGCCGGAGAGGCGACGGUGGCCAGUACCGUGUCGACCAGUUCCCGAGGAAAACCGGAAGAGUCACCCCGGCGAGGUCCCACAUGAGCAAUUCGGGAGCUGAGAAAUGGCGACCGAUGGCCAUAUCGAAUCCGUCCACCAAGCUACGGAUGGCGAGGUCGAUGCCCCACUGGGUGAUGGCUCAACAACAACAGCGGGAAAUGGAGCAGCAUCAACGCCGGCCGCCGACGCCUCCGAAGGCCCCGCCGCCGUCGCUCUCCGGGGACUGUGGUGACCCCGACUACGAGAUCAUCGAGUUUCCGACCCGACCGCAAGCCCAGAGAUCCUCUACGACAACGACGACGACGAUGAUGCAGCCGUACGUGGGUAAGUGCGCCCUGUGCGGCACCGAGAACGUGUUCGCGCGCUGCGACACGUGCAACGAGAACUACUGCGAAGCCUGCGACGACAUGAACCACAAGCACCCGAAGCGGAAGCACCAUGUCCGACGGAGAAUCCUGACGGACAACGCAAGCAGAAGCAGGCCGCCGUUACCGCCGAAGGGCGAGAACCUAUUGAACCCGCCGGUGCCGCCGCCGCGAAGAAAUCGCAAGACCACUCAGGCUAAAUCGGCGCUAGCCAAAGGAUCCGCGCAACUACCUUUGCUCGAUAAGGUCGGCAGCUUGAAACGCAACUUCUCCAACGCGAAGCCGUUCUCCACGGCGCCAGACUCGAGAGUGUCCAAGUCCACGAAUAUCUUAAACACGUCUUCCACAGACGCCAUAGGAUCAGGGACGGACAAGAUGUCCACUCUGCAGGAGAGAUACAGAAAAUACCAGGAGGCGAUGAGGGCGCAGGACGCGAGCAGGCGACGACAUCCGUCGUCCGACACCUCGAGAGACACCUUGGGCGGGAGACCGCUCAACGUAGGCAGCCCGGCACCGCCGCUUCCACCUCCGCCGCCACCCAGAGCUAUGAUACAAUCAGCCAGUGUCUGCGACCUGUCGGCCGCUCACAUGUGGAACCCUGGAAUGCACCAGGCUCAAUCGAUAGCGCACUUAGGGCCCGGAGGUAUACCGAUGUGGUGCCCGCCGAUGAACUCCUGGGACAUGUCGAUGAGAGGUUCCACCUUGAGUCUGCAUCAUCCGAACAUGUGGGGUUACCCUAUUGGCUAUCCGCCGGCGCAGAUGCUGCCAACGCAUUAUCCAGGAUCUCUUUCGCGACCGCAUAGCCCGGUCAGAAGCGUAAAGUCCAGCCGAAGGUCGAAAGCAGCGUCUCCAUCUCCCAGUCUCAAGUCCCGAAAAUCCUUCGUCUCACGAUCACGGUCAAGAAUUUCGCCGGGUUCGCCGUCGGACGCGAGCUCGGAGGACUCCGGCGAGUCCGAUUUUGACGACAGACUCUCGCGAGGAUCCAGACGCGGCAGCGUAUCCAGAAGCAUACGACAGCGAAGCUACCACGACGAUGAUGGCACGAGGAGUCUCUUAUCUAGAAAUCGGCGAGAAAGACUGGUGUCCGAGGAGAGACUGACGAGCGCCGAAGAUCAAUGGUCCGAGAGUGCGUCCGGCAGACGAUACCCGACGUCGUCGCGCAACCAUGACGAGCUCAAUAAGAACAACAACACUGUUGCCUCCGGACGGCGGUACAGUUACGAGGACCGCUCGGCUCCCAAGGCGGAUCCUCGACUGGAUCACGUUCCGUGCGUGACUUAUCGCGACCGCCGAAGACGCAGCACCGACGAGGAAUCAUCCGAUCGGAAGGUAAACGCGCUCGGACGAGCGCGGCUGCCGAGCUCGCCCGACGAUCGUUUCGAGAGAAUGGAGAACGCCUCGAAGAGAGCGUCGUCUCUCCGGAGGGACGUAGCACUGGAGGAUCUGGAGCGACCCUCCGCCCGUCACGACUCCCGCAGAUCGUCCUUCGACAGCGACCCUCAGACUGGGAAAACGUCCUCGCGAGACGUGACUUCCCCGAAGAGAAUGCCUGCGGAGCGAGCGCGUCUUUUGGGGGCACAGUCUCCCCAGAGAGGACUGAUUAGAGACGAGAAAAAGGACGAGAUUGAGUCACGCUUGGUCAAGAGGGAACAGCACGAUGUCUCGCGUGACCGCGAGGUCUUCGCCAGUAGAAUUUCAUCCCAACGAAGGGACGACGACCUGGACAGGACCUCCGCUAAGCGGUCCUUCUUCGAGUCCGACAAUCAGAGGAAAACACCGAAGGAGACGCCGACGGGAAAACAAAGGGACGAGCAACGGGAUUCACUCAGGACCACCGGCGAUCUUCAAGUUGUAGAGCGUCAACGUUCAAUCGAGAAGGAUCAACGAGCCCGGGACUCGAACGGAAUCGUCAACGCUCAGCAGAAGCGACAAGACGAUGCUGAUAUCAGGCGACGGGAAAUGAGGAGAUCUCAGUCCCAAGAGGACGCGAAAGUUACGAAGACGACAACGGGCGCGAUUGAGAGCGCGUCGUCGAGGAGAAUUCCUGCGAACGAGCUGGCGAAUCCGAUGGAGAUACCGAAGGAGGAGUGGGCUUGCGAACACUGCACCUUCAUCAACAAGAUCAACGAUCGCGUCUGCGUGGUAUGCUGUAAAACGAAGAGCAGCGCGUUGCCGCCGAGCAAGCUGGACGAUCUCGUGGUAGCCGCCGAGCCCGUUGUACCUCAAACGCGAGCCAAAAGUACCGAAUCGAGCGGCGUCGGCGAUCCCGCUCCCGAUCUUGAGAAAAGGACCAAACUGCUGAAGAUCUCGAACAGCGAGGGAAGCGGCGACAGCGGAUCCGUCAAGAACAAAGACACACUUGUUCCAGACGAUGAUCCUUCCGUAGAAAACAUGAAAAGCACAGUCGAAGCCACCACAGCUAUGCAGACAGAUGAUAUUUCGACAUUACCGGUCGUUGAGGAUUCAUUGUCGGAAACACCAUCCUCGAAACUGGUGUGUUCUGCAAAUGCCAGUACCUCGAAGAUGGAUGUCAACGAAAUGCUGUAUCGGGAAAAUGUUCGAGGGCAAUUUGUCAAGAGUCAUUCUAUAUCUACGGGGACGUCCCCACCGCCACAGAGUAUCUCGACGCAAACGUACGAAUAUCUUCCGGUGAGAGGUACUCUCGGGAGGUCCGCGUCGGUGGCGACGUCCAAGAGUUACUUGUAUUACGACGACAGCGACGGAGAGGAGCAGCGGGAACUCGCGAAUAGUCCCGAUCUGUAUCCGCGAGCUAUGUUCCAAGAGCCGUACUUGCAGCAACUGGUAGCCGGCCAAGGCAGGGAACAACGGACCAGAAGAAACUCCAUCGAUUCGUCGUCCCAUCUCUAUUACCGUUCCAGGGAACCGAGCCAGCCGAGAUACACGGAGGUGGCCUCUAGUUCCGCUCAACAGAGUAUCUCCACGUUGACGCGUCAAGGGUUGGAGGUGGUGGAGCUGCUGCGCGACGCUGAGAGGCAGGGUUUUACCACCGACGACGUUCAAAUGGCUUUGGCGCAGGGUGCGGCGAACCCUCUCGAAUGGCUGAGGACGCAGUGGCCGCAUCUGGUGGAGACGGUGCAGGUGUUGGUGAGCGCGCAGGGCAAGGAGCUCAAGGAGAAUACCGUCGGCGUCCUCUCGCCGGCCGAAGCAAAAGAAGCACUGCGAACGGUCAAAGGCGACGUUUGGAACGCCGUCGCCACUGCCAUUCGACGCAGGCAGCGCAAGUGCGAACAAAUCAUGGCGAAGGGAAACUUCGCGCUGGCGGAUGUCGUAAAAGCUCUGGAUAAUAAUGCCGGCGUCGAGGACGCGACUUUGCUUGAGCUGCAACGGAAUCAGCUCAAGCCUUUUUUAAUGAGGAUCUGGGGUCCUCCGGUCGGGGUGGAGAACGACGAGGCUGCACCGCACGAAGACGCAGCGGGUGCGGCCGACGGCCGGGCGGGGUUGGAGCAAGUACCGAAUGUGUCCGAUACGGAGGCGAAGAAGCAGGUAAUGUCACCAAUAGUUGAUCAUUUCGUGGCGUUGCAGGCCGACUUUCAAAAGCAACUGGCGGCCCUCCGAGAACUGACUGAUAACUGGCGACACGAGAAAGACCCCCCGUACGAAUUGGGUAGUAAGUCUGAUAAUCUGUACGACCACUCCGACGACGGUAACACUGUUCUAAUCGAUACAAAUCUGGUACCAAGGGCCGUAAAAGCGCUCGACGUAGCAGAGACGGGCAGUUUAGUCGCGCGGCAAAGACAGACGACCGUAGAUACUCGAGAAGACGCGAAACGCCCGUUGAACGCCACGUCAGCCGACGAUCCGGAGCGAUCCGGAGACGCUGCUUCGAUCUCCACGGAGAUACCCGCGAAAGCGACGCUCGACGAUCUCGCGAACGCGCCGUCGGCCGGCGAAGAGAGCGCGGCGGAAUCAGCUGAGCGCUCCGCGAGAAACGACCGGACCGAUCGCGCGAUCAUCGGCGAGAGAACGUCGCCGAACGACGUUACCGAUCUUCCCCAGCUCGGCCAUCGGGCGAGUGAGAACAUUGACGUCGAAGCGAGGCGCUCGCUUGAGGGCGGUGAGAACGACGGUGAGACGCGCGUCGACGCGGCGACGACAGUAUCGAUUGACGAAGCCGCGAAGCCGACGGAGAAAGAAGUCACGAGCCUUUCAGCGUUACUGGGAGAAGAAGAACGGUCGUCGGCGAAUAAUGCUGAAGCGUCCUCCACGUCGGCCGAAACUUCCGCGCUCGACGCGACGGAACCAGGUCGGUCCUCUCCUCGCCGGGAAACUUGGAGCACCGUCGAAUCACGUAAUAUAGCGGGACAGAGCACUACGGCAGAGAACAACGAGACGCUCGUUGAAGUUGGGAAGACCGCGGAAUCAAGCGGAGAAGCACUUGGGGCGCGAGGCUCUAGUGCUCCCGAACGAGUCGACGUAUCGUCCUCAACCGUCGUCGACGCGACGAGGCCUGACGACGCGAAGCCUAAGGAAGGACCGAUGGAUCGACAGAUCUCAAUAUCCACUGCCGGACAGAAGGACGAGUCACGCGUCGCGACGAUCGAGGCUCUCAUGUCGAUCGCUCUGAGAUCGCUCCCAGAGCAGUUCCUGACGCCCUUCGUCGCGGCCAUGCAGAUGUUGUCGCCGGGAAAAUUAGUGGAAGGCGACCCGACGUCCGACGUGGAGCUCAUGAACCGACUGAACACCCUGCGCAGCAUGAAAGUCGCAUCGGCGAUCGUCAUCCCGAGAAGUCCCGUUGACGAAGAGGCACAUCCCGCUGCGAGCAAAACGGACGGAUCGAAGAGGACUAUCGACAACAAGGAGAAAUCGAAAGCCCCGGAUCCUCGGUUGCUGGCGAGAUGCAGCGUUCCGGACAUUAGGCAGCAGCAGGACGUCAGAUCGGUACGUACAGACUCGAGCGAGCUUGACGCUUCACGAACUAACGCCGCGACGACCCGGCUCUCGGUGGACUCACGGUUAAUCGACGGAGACGUCUCCGACGAAGCGUUGGCCACGAACGAAACGAAGGGGCUCACGGUCGAAGUGUCGCGAGCAGACGUCGUCGCGGAGAAGGUACAGUCGCGCGAGAGUCCUCGAGAGAUGAUUCUCGCUGUGGAAAAUAACGGUCGAGAGGCUCCCGUCGAGACGACAGCGAGAUCGCUCGGGGAGGCGAGCGAGACUCCGGGCGAAUCGUUAAGAGCAUCAUCCCCGACACAGCCUAAGAUCAUCCGGGAGCUGCUUGUAACCAACGGUGUAUUGACGCAAUCAUUGACCGACGCGUCAUCAUCGUCAUCAUCAAAGGAAGCGAGAAACUCUUCCGUCGCAAAUAACGCAUCCGUAGUCAUUGAGCCGCUUCCGCAGGUCGAUUCGUCGCGAGACGAAGUUUCAUUCACAGUCAUGAACGAUCCUAAUGCGGGAGAACCCGAUCUUCAGCCGCAAUCGAUAGCCGCAGGAACAACGGACCCCCGCCGAGAUCCUUCGAUUAAUCCGAUAAUAACGGGCGCGGGUAAGGCGCUACUUGAGAAUACGCGCGACGCCGAUGCGAAGAUCCCUGACGUCGCGUCCGGCAGCGCGUCCUUAGAAGUGCCCGAGACUACCAUCUCGUGCGCAGAUACAACGUGCGACAAAAACGAGGCGAGACCGGUCGAAAAUGCGCUGCACGUUUCGGAAAAAGUAGAGCAGACGAUUUCGGUGGCGUAUCGCGUUCCCGGCGAUAAAAAUGAAAGCACGUCGGGGAAGAACGUGCUGCCCGGGCGAAAUGCAGCCGAUAAUUUAUCCAUUGUCCGCUUGCAAAUCGAUGAGAGUAUCCCGCCGAUACUGAUGCACGCUCCAGUUGUGGUGAAUUCGAGCAAUUUGAAAGGGCCAAUCGCGCCAUCCGCCUCGGCGAGUUCCGCGACGUUCGAUCGCGCAUCGAGCGCUGGUGGGUUUCCGGAAGCUGCGAAGAAUGAUCCACCAGGCGGAGAGUCGGCCGUCGAUCGACGAGCGAUCACGCACGAUCGCUCGAUGCGACAGACACCCGACGAAUCAGAAAUCAUCGUCCACAGCGAAACGUCGGGAAAGGAGGUCGCGGGGAUCUCAGAAAGCGGCAAAAUGGAUCUCGUCGACCACCGUGAAGGUUCAAGCCGCGUCAUCGACGUGCUCUCGUCUGCCAACCAAUUCCUCCACGCGAACAUCCGUGAAUUAACGGAUACCAAUAACAACGCGGCGGGCAACGCGAUUUCUCGAAGAUGUGUCGCAAGUACUAUCGACUCGGUCGGAGUUAUUCCCGUCGGCCGGACCGAGAAACUGGGAAACGAGGUUUCCCUAUGUAGCGCCGACCACGGCAAACGAGACGCGCCACGGGCGAGGAGAAGUAUCCUGCAAGCGCUCAAGGAGAACCUUAACGUAUUCUUCGCGUCGCAGAGCGAAGGGAGGAGCGUCGCUGCGACGGUUAACGAGCAGCCCUCGAGCCCCGUCACAACGAAUAUCGGCGACGUGACUUCAGAAGUAGCCGACACCUUCGAGAUCACGAUAUCGGAGUCGGCCGCGAUAACGGUGAACGACUGCGCGCCGAUCACCGUGAACGUCGCCGAGUGUCGCCGAGGAGGAGGAAGUAUCGGAGAUGUCGAUGCGAUCGCGGCCCAUCCUUCGUUAGGAAACGAAGUCGCGAGUAACGAACCGGCCGAAUCCAAAUUGCCAGGUAACGAAUCGGCGGAAGCGAAGAGUCAAGGUCGUAAGAGCGUGAUCGCGAGGCCCGUCGUAAAACCGAGAUCCAGAUCUCCGCUGAAAAAAGUCGUCCGCAGGAGAUCGCCCGUUAAAGUGGUGAGAAAGUCCAUCUUCCCGAGGAAGAAUCCCGCGCAGGUCAGCAUGAGUCCUAACAGCGCGGCCAUCACGAGAGCGAGGGAGACGGCCACCGAGAUCGCGGAAAAGUCGAGUCCGUUGCAAUGGAGGAACGAUCAGCCGCGAACUCGGAGGCCCACGAGAUCCGCGUGUAUCUCGAACGAGAAACGGGCAGACGGUAAAGGCAAACAGCCGAUGGCCGACAGCAACGCGCGGAAAACCGCGGGAGAUGUCAAGCCAACUGAUCGCGUCUCCACAUUUGGCAGAAAGAAAACGUCGAUAACCGUGAACAGAAUUAAGGAACAGGAAUCACAAGGUAAAUCGUUCGUUAUGAAGAAAGAGAAUGACAACAAUUCGGUGGGGCAGAAAUCUGAAGAUAUCGGAAUGAAAAAGAGCGAAACUACUCCGAGUGAAAAAUCGAGGAGGUCAAAAGUUACAGGGACUUCCAAAAAUCAAGAGGUGAAGAAGACUACGCUUCGCGAAGCGGAAGCGAGGACCCCGCGAAAUAAUGAUGUGCCAGUGAACGUCACUUUGACGAAUAAAAUUCCAGGUAAUUCCAAAACAACUCUGCCGUCAAAAAUACCCGUCUUGAUGCAUCGGAAGAUCGGUCAAUUGACAGAUCAAACACCCUUGUUAGACAGCCCUAAGAAAAGUCUAAAGGACAUGUCAUUCUUGAAGAACGUUUCGACCAAAUUACCGGUUGCUUCGCAGGUUACUUCUAGGUUAACUCUGAAGAUACAGAAUAAAGUAUCGAGCACCUCGGUCACGCGGACGCCUCAAGUCAAGGAUCAUUCGGCCAGUGAUGAGAGUAAAUCUGACAACGCGAGCCCGAUCGAAGAAACGACAGGGAACGCACGAGACCGGCAGACUCCGGAGGAGAAUCGGCCAGAAGAGAGCGACGGAAAACCGAAAGCCGUCGAAGAGCCGAAAGUCCAAUUGACGGGAUGGAAGUUGGACGAGAAUUCACGAGUAGUGGAAUCGACGCGCAACGAGCUGUCCACAACGAAUCUUGACGGACAAACGGAAGUGGUUGACGACGCGACUGAGGGAAGCUCCGACGCUCUCAGCUCCGAGGAGGACGAAGACACCGGAACGGCGCGUUACAUCUCUGAUGCUAACUCGAGGGACAGUUCCGCCGAGGAGUUUACAGAUGCGGAAUUGUUGCUGGGGAAAACCUUGAGUGAGAUAAGAUCCGAAAUAUCGGAGGGAGAAGAGGAGGAUGAAGAGGAAAGGAGCGGGUCCGAGGAAAGCGAGGACAUCGCUUAUUCUUAUGAGACGGAAAGCCACGAUCCGAGCGACGAGUCGUCCGCAGGUUCGGCCGAUAAACGCGAGCAGAUUGUCUCAAGCGAACUAGAGGACUCAGUCGAGGAAGAUCUGUACGAGGAGCUGCCGUCUGAGGGGGAAGAGGCGAGUGGGCAACUCGAAAUGGAAACGAAGUCGAACAAAGGACCUAGGACGAAGGAGGAAACGGUCGACGACGUGUCCCUCGACGAAGUGGACGAGCCUUCUUCCCGCAUCCCACGCGAAACGGAAAGCAAGGUCGAGGUAAUGGCAGAAGGUGAAACGAACAAAGUGGAGUCGUUGACGGAAACUACCGUUUCACCUGUGGAAUCGACACGGCCGGAAGCUACGAGAGUGGAAGUCGACAAAAAGAUACCACCGGGGCUUCCCGGAGGCCUCGAGGUUGUGGAUUAUAACAUUCCCGUGAAGGCACUUCCGACGAAAUUCGAGCGGCCAGAGGAAGACGUCCGGUCGCUGGAGACCAGCUCGAAGGAGAAAGAGACGAAGCACGAGGGCAAAAUCGAACAGGAGGCUCAAAAACAAGUCCCGGUCGUGCAGAACGGCGCGACGAAGCCGCCGAAAGUCGCGAGCGUGAAGCGUUCCAAGAUGAUAAUAGGCCGAAGGGCGAGCACGGGCAGCAGAGGGCUGAAAAGCAAGAGGGACGACUCGCCGAAGGGAUUGGAUCGCCCGGGUGCGCCUCGGAAGCGAUUCUCCCUCGUGGCCAGCUGCAUUCGCCGGUUCGAGAGCGAAGAAAACGAUCCGGACAAGACCAAGAUCGCUCGUCGGCGCGACGACACACGGGGAUCUCCCAAAACGGAGCGGGAGAGAAUAGCGCGUCGUCUGUUGGCGGAGGGUCGAGCGGCGAAUUACGAUGAGGCCGAAGUGGCGGCCAGUCUACUGGCUCUCAAGUUCGGCGACGUCGAGGCGCUCCAGGCCGCGAAGGAAUGCUCCAGCGUGGAGUCGGCCCUAGCCUUCCUGCAGCAGGAGUGCGAGCUGUGCACCGGCCGUUUCGCGAUGAGUCAGAUGGUGUCCAUGCUGAAGUGCGUGCAUCGGUGUUGCAACGAGUGCGCGAAGAAUUACUUCACCAUCCAGAUCAGCGACAGAAACAUCACGGAUGCCGUUUGUCCGUACUGUAAAGAGCCUAAUCUCAAGGACGCUAGCGAGGACGAGGUUCUUGAAUAUUUCAGCAAUUUGGACAUCCAACUGAAGGCCUUGCUGGAUCCGCCGAUCCACGAGCUCUUCCAAAGAAAACUCCGGGAUCGGACUCUGAUGCAAGAUCCGAAUUUUAAGUGGUGUAUUCAAUGCUCGAGCGGAUUUUACGCCGAUCCCGACCACAAACGUCUGAUCUGUCCCGAUUGUCGAUCCGUCACCUGUGCCUUCUGUCGAAGACCGUGGGAAAAGCAGCACGAGGGAAUAUCAUGCGAGAAAUUCGCCGCGUGGAAGGACGAGAACGAUCCCGACAAUCAAGCCGCAGGUUUAGCCAAACACCUGGCCGAUAAUGGCAUCGACUGUCCUAAGUGCAGGUCCCGUUAUUCUCUAUCUCGAGGAGGUUGCAUGCAUUUCACGUGCAGCCAGUGUAAAUAUGAGUUCUGCUGCGGUUGCGGCAAGGCCUUCAUGAUGGGGGCGAAAUGCCCGGUUAGCCCUUAUUGCGCCAAACUGGGUCUGCACGCCCAUCAUCCGCGCAAUUGCCUCUUCUACCUACGCGACAAGGAGCCCGUGCAGUUGCAGCAACUACUGCGGGAAAACAGCGUGGAUUACGACACCGACGGCCCGGGAGCCGGGGAGCGCAAGUGCAAAGUGCAACUGCAGAAGGAGACGCCGACCGGGCUCGUGGACGCGGUGUGUAAUUCCGACGUCGUCGAGGGCCACGCCGGCCUUUGCAGGAUUCAUUACGUCGAGUAUCUAGUUCGAAAGAUCCGUAUGACGCGGCUGGAACCGCUGCCCUUGCUAAACAUGGACGAUCUCGAAACGUGCGUGCGACGCGCCGGGCUGAAAUUGCCCGCCAACUGGUACGGUCGCGACCCGGAGCAUUACAAGAACGACCUGGUCGAGGUCGUAAAGCGAGAGAUUCCACUGGAGUGACUGCGGCAGGGAAUAGUCUCGAAAAGACGCGACUAAAUAAACUUCGAUAAAGUCACGAGUGAUGGGGCAUAUUGUAUAGUUUACUUGUCUCACUUGAGAGUGUGGACCAUGAAUAAAAAUAUUAUAUGUAGGACUAGAAAGAGAGAAAAAAGUAGCAUCUUGUAUGCAAUGCCAAAGAUCUAUUUAUUAUCGACAUGACGCAAUAAUGCGAUUCCUACUACGUUUUGAAUCGGUAGCGUUCUAUUCGCGAUUCGAAAUGUCGCGAGGAGAUGUUGCACGUAACAAUCGAAGAUACGGAGUAAACGAAUAUCCCUUUAACGAUACUGUAGAACAAUUACCUGCGGUAACUGCAAUUAAUGUUUGAAAAUAUGUACUUAUUUCUGCUUUAUAUAACUGUUUUCCAAGAAAUAGACGAUAAUUAAGGAAACUAA